UUUUUUUUUUUUUUUUUUUUUUUUACGUCUGUUUUUAAAAAAAUUGAAAUGAACACCCAUAAAAAGCCUUCUACACCAAAUGAUAUACCUCUAAAACGUACACGAGCAAAAAGAAGUUGUGACUUCUGCCGAAAACGCAAAGCAAGAUGUGAUGCAGACCACACAAUACCUUGUACGAACUGCAAAGCAUGGGGAUUCAAUUGCGAAUUUUUAACAGUUCGGAAAAAAAGAGGACCCCCCAGUGUGUGAGAAUUACCGCUUACAAAACGAUUACGAGUACAAAAGAACUGAUUAUCCUUUUAGUUAUGUAGAAAACCUAGAAACAAGAUGUAAAAAGAUGGAAUCGUUGCUAACUACUUUAACGAAAUCAUCAAUGAAAGAAAUUGAACGAAACGACUUUCGGGCAGAGUCUUAUUUAUCAAGAAACAAAAUCGAUUACCAGCAAGAGGAUAUGGAUGACGAUGUUUCAUCAAUCGAAGACGACGAUGAUUCGAUCUACAGUAACCAGCAUAGUCAUAACGAUGUGGAUGACGACGUCGACACUAUAUCGAAUAAUAUGGAAGAAACGUUAGCUAAUCUUAAUCUGGAAGAUUACGAUUCCAUAAAAUAUACUGGACAUUCAGCCGGUCUCCAGUUACUCGACGAAAAUUUAUUUAAAUCCAAAUCAUAUGUCCAAUUACCCGGAAGAGAAGAUGUUGCACUACGUCUUAUGUCACAGAAUGAACUAUUAGUUGUACGCUCAGACCGUUCUUCUUCAGGAAAAAAUACCAGAAUGGAUGUUGGCUUUUCAUUAUCAAGUACCAUUUUCGAUGAAAAAAAAACGACUAAUUCUUGGAAUUUGGGCCCUAUUUCGAAAGACCUGCCUAUAAAUUCAGUCAUCGAAAAAGCGAUCAAAUUAUAUUUUAGCCAUAUCCAUACAUUUUUACCAAUAGUCAAUAGAACAAGAUUCGAAGCACAUGAUAUGAAAUCGCCAAAUGUACUUGUACAAGCUGUAUUAGCUGUUGCUUUCAAAUUUGCAUCACGCCAUUUUCCAAAGCUUUUUAGUAAGAAGGCAGCCUUGUUCGCUGACGUUUAUUUCAAGAAAGUAAUGCUUCGUUUACAAGAUUCAACUUGCGCUAGAUUAAGGCAUGUCCAAGCUGCUCUACUCAUGACUCUUUAUCUGGAUAUGGAGGAAAUGGAUGUCGAAUCAAUGCAAUGGUAUACUCUGGGGAAAGCAAUCCGAAUGGCUCAAGAUAUUGGUUUGCAUCGUUCCUGUUCUAACUGGAAUUUACCUCCCUCGGAAAUUGAGACUAGGCAUCGUGUUUUCUAUGCCUGUUAUAUACUAGAUCGUCUUAUGGGGGCAAGAGCCGGUAAACCACUUACUAUUUUAGAUCGUGAUUUUGACACCGAUUUACCUGUUCCGUAUGAAGUUUAUGAUGAUAUUUCCAUCAAACAAGGCCCGUCGAUAUAUCACUCUUUUAUCAGUCUAAUUAAAUUAUCUGAAAUUCUCGGCCGUGUCCUGAAGGCUCUUUAUGCUCCCAAAUCAAAACAUUCCAAUUCGAAUGCAGGUUUGGAUGACCCUACUAUUCUUGCAGUCUUUGACCGCCGACUGAAAAACUGGAAAGCUUCGUUAGACCAGUCUGAAGACGGAACACAAAUAUCCCAAGCCCAAAAAGUUAAUUUACUAUUAUUAUACUACACUGUUAUGCUGCUAUUGCAUAGACCUUUUAUUGAAUUUUCUGCACUUUCCGAUACAACAAGUAAUGCUAAUGUGAUACAUGGGUCGGUAGACUUGGAUACCUUAGCCAAAGAUUCUCGGCAAGCCUGUGAAAAUGCAGCGUCCAAUAUAUCCGUGAUUGUUCGACAAAAACAAUCACUUAUGGCAGAUCCAGAUUCCUAUGCACCCUUCUGUUUACCGACUUGUUUUGUUUAUUCCAUGUUUCAAUCAUCAUUAAUCCAUCUUGCGAUCGUGAUAAAAAACAGAGACUCGCUGAGAAGACUUCGAUUGCUCCAAAGAUCAAUAGGAUUGUUAAAACAACACGAAGAAUUGAGUUCUGGAAAACGUGCACACAAUAUAUUGAUCAUGCUGGUUACUAUCAAUGGAAUCAAUCUUGACAAUUUACUUGAGAAUGAUACAACAAAGGAAGAAGAUAUGGCUUCUAUCUUUGAGGAUGGCCUGGCUCGUAGUCCACCGUCGCCCAUUCCCGCAAAAAACCACAAUGAGUUACAAUUCUCAACAAGGCUAUCCAACACACAACAAAUGCAAGCUCCUCAACAAAUACAAACAAUGAAUCGCAACGCAAUGAUUCCAGGCUGUGAAGAUAAUAUGCCCAAAUCAUCCUGGUACCAGCGCAUGAUGAAUACGAGCAUUAUUGGUGGUAUAACACCUGAUUUACAUGAAGAAGCGAAUUCGUCUUCUCAAACGCUGGAACAAUUAUUACCCUAUGCUCCCGAUAUAAAUCCCCCUCAUCAUCAACACACCCGCACCAAUUCUAAUACUAACGUAUAUCAACAUACUCGUAGCGACUCCAAUAAUACUCUGUAUAAUCAACAGCAAAACGAUAUACCAAAUUAUCAUAACAAUCCAGCUUAUUAUGACCUAGCCGCGCCUUCCCUGCAACAACCUAAUCAUGUACGAAAACAUACUAAGAGGAUAGAAAGUUAUGACAGGCCAAACAUAUUUGGCGAUGCUGGAGAGGAUAUGCAUGUUAUUCAAGCUGAAAACGGCAAUCCGACUUACCAGAAUGGUCCUACAUUGUUAUCUCAUUCACAUACCACUCAUUUUCAAAGGAAUGGUGUAACACCUCUCCAUCAGACACCGUUACCGUUUACAGCCUCCUAUGGGAAUAUGAAUCCCACGUUGAAUAAUGGUCAUAAUGAUACUUCUGCAGCCAACUCUUACCCUAUCAGCUACCUGCCUCCAUCCAGCCUGAAUUGGAGCGAUUGGGGUGUGUAUUUAGGCCAACAAAAUCCAUCAAUACCAACGACAUCACCUGAAAAUAAUCACCACUAAAAUAUAUGUGUAUGUAUAGAAACAAAAUAAUCUUAUAACCAACACCAUCCUAUUUCCUUUUUAUGCCUAUGAAAAAAUUAUCCCACCCACCACCAUGUAAAAAAUAAUCCUCCUCUUUACUGUAAUUAAAAAUUUAUAUAUCUACUUAUCAAUUAGUUUUUUUGGACUGGAAAAGUAUCCUGAUUUGUUUGUUUUUCAUUUUUUUUAAGGUUAGGUAUAAGGUACGAUGGUUGUUUUGUUUUUAAUACUCGCUCAAAAAAAUAGCAGAAUGCAUCAUGAACUCAUUGCGUCAAAUAAAUUGUACAGCUCAAGUGACUUGUGAUGGGUUUUGGAAAAUAGUCACUGUGAUUGAGC